AUGGCUACAAACAUCACCUACCAUGCCGCCGCUGUCACCCGCGCGGAGCGCGCCAGCCUCCGCGGGCAGCAGGGCCUCACCAUCUGGCUGACCGGCCUCUCGGCGUCGGGCAAGUCGACCAUCGCGGUCGAGCUGGAGCACCAGCUGCUGCGCGAGCGCGGCGUGGCCGCGUACCGGCUGGACGGCGACAACAUCCGGUUCGGGCUGAACAAGGACCUGGGCUUCAGCGAGAAGGACCGCAACGAGAACAUCCGGCGCAUCGCCGAGGUGGCCAAGCUGUUCGCCGACAGCGCCUGCAUCGCCAUCACCUCCUUCAUCUCGCCGUACCGGGCUGAUCGGGACACGGCGCGCCGGCUGCACGAGGCGCCCACCCCCGGCGAGCCCACCGGCUUGCCCUUUGUCGAAGUCUUCGUCGACGUCCCCGUCGAGGUCGCUGAGGCGCGCGACCCCAAGGGCCUGUACAAGAAGGCGCGCGAGGGCAUCAUCAAGGAAUUCACCGGUAUCAGCGCUCCCUACGAGCCGCCCUUGAACCCGGAGAUCCACAUCAAGAACCACGAGGUGUCCGUCAAGGAGGCUGUUGCUCAGAUUAUCGCCUACCUCGAUGAGAAGGGCUACCUCCCGCCGAAGAAAAACUAA